UUGGGGCAGCUGGUGGAGGUGGAGGUGGAGAGGGUGGUAGAAGAAAAAAAAAAAAAAAACACAAAACAGAAAGUGGAGCGGAUCACCUCAUCGGCAGUCAGUCCUCGGAGGGGACAGAUCCUGUUACGCACGAGAAACCAACCUUAUUGGAGACGCAAAUGUUGAGAGGACGGUGCCAGCAGUUUUAAUCCCAGCUGUUUUGGAAUAUUUUUGAUUAAUUACUGUGGACACGGUUUAAAUUAAGACAGCAGGAGGACUUGGUUGUGACAAAAUGAGGGGAUUUACACCUUUGUUUAACGCGGUUCUUGUUGCGCUUUUUGUCACCACCGUCGGAGCGAACAAGUUAAAUGUGCCGCGACUGAGACUGGCAUACAAAGAUCUACUGUCCACCAACAGGUCAUCUGUCUUCAGCGGUCAUCACGGCCAGCUGUCUCUCUCGGCCGUCUUUCUGGAUGAAUACCGUGACCGCCUCUUCCUGGGAGGGAAGGACAUCCUGUAUUCUCUCAUGCUGGGACCCACCAGUACUGAAUCCAAGGAGAUCUACUGGCCGCCAUUACCUGGUAACAGAGAGGACUGCAUUCUGAGGGGGAAGGAACCACAGACAGAAUGUGCCAACUUUGUUCGCCUCCUGCAGCCGUACAACCGCACCCACCUCCUGGCCUGUGGAACCGGCGCCUUCCAGCCCAUGUGCACCUUCGUCUACGUAGGACACCGAGGAGAGCAUGUGUUCACCAUGGACCCGACAAAUGUGGAGAAUGGACGAGGGAAGGUCCCACAUGACCCCAACCUCCCCUUCGCUAGUACUUUCAGCGGUGGGGAGUUGUACACAGGACUGACGGCAGAUUUUCUUGGAAGUGACCAUGUGAUCUUGAGGACUAUGGGAGGACGCUCCACCAUGAGGACAGAGACCGACCAGAAGCUUCUACACGACCCUAAGUUCAUUGGAGCCCACCUCAUCCCAGACAACGACGACAGAGACAACGAUAAAGUGUAUUUCUUCUUCACGGAGAAAGCGACAGAAGCAGGAGACAGAGAGGGCGCCAUACAUACACGAGUCGGGAGAGUGUGUGCGAAUGAUGUCGGAGGCCAAAGAGUCCUGGUGAACAAGUGGAGCACCUUCAUCAAAGCCAGACUGGUGUGUUCGGUGCCAGGACCUCAUGGUAUCGACACACACUUCAACCAACUAGAGGAUGUUUUCUUGCUGAGGACCAAGGAUGAAAGAAACCCAGAUGUCUACGCAAUUUUCAGCACCAUCAGUAAUGUGUUCCAGGGAUUUGCUGUGUGUGUUUAUCGAAUGGCCGACAUCAGAGAAGCCUUUAACGGACCCUUUGCUCAUAAAGAGGGCCCUGAUUACCAGUGGGGGGCCUACGAAGGCAGAGUUCCUUAUCCCAGACCAGGCGUGUGUCCCAGUAAAAUCACAAACCAGCCUGGUAGAGAGUUCGCCAGUACAAAAGACUUCCCGGACUCAGUGCUGCAUUUUGCUCGUAGCCACCCGUUGAUGUGGCGUUCAGUGUAUCCUGCUCUGCGUCAGCCGAUGCUGGUCAAGGCCAACGUCCCCUACAGGCUCAAACAGAUCGUGGUGGACCGGGUCGAGGCGGAGGACGGACAAUACGACGUCAUGUUCAUUGGCACAGACGUUGGUACAGUACUGAAAGUCAUCGCCCUUCACAGUGGAAACAGCCUGGAGACUGAAGAGGUCACACUGGAGGAGCUACAAGUCUUUAAAGUGCCAACUCCAAUAACUUCAAUGGACAUAUCAGUCAAAAGGCAAGCCCUGUAUGUGGGCUCCCCAGCAGGCGUGGCCCUGGUGAAGCUGCAUCGCUGUGAGACUUAUGGAAAGGCCUGCGCUGAAUGCUGCCUCGCCAGAGACCCGUACUGCGCCUGGGAUGGGUCGUCAUGUGCGCGCUUUGUUCCGAACAGCAAACGACGAUACCGCAGACAGGAUAUCAGACACGGCAACCCUGUUCUGCAGUGUGUGGAUCAAAAUAUGGGCGAAGACAUCGAUUUGACAGAGGACAAGGUGGUUUACGGGACGGAGAACAACAGCACUUUCCUGGAGUGCGUCCCUCGCUCUCCACAAGCUACCGUCACUUGGCUCGUCCAACGCGAUGACCGCAAAGAAGAGGUAAAGCUGGAUGAUCGUGUGAUGGCCACAGAGCAGGGCCUCCUGUUUCGUCGUCUCUUCCGCCAGGACGAAGGUGUUUACAUCUGCCGCUCCCGCGAGCACGGCUUCACCCAGACUCUGACCCGCCUCACCCUGGAAGUCCUCCAUGGCGACACUGUGGAUGAACUCAUGGCCCGGGACGCCGCCGGCCUUCCUGACGCCUUCAAAGAUCGAUCCGGGGGAAGCUUCCGGCCGUGGAUGCCCUGCAGCGCGUACAGCAGGGGCGUCUCAUCGAGCCAAAUCGGCCAGUCGCGUACGUGGUUCAAAGAUAUCAUGCAGCUGAUCGGCCCGUCCAACCUGCUGCAUGUGGAGGAGUACUGCGAGAGGAUGUGGUGCAAUGACAAGCUGAGGAGAAAACACAAGAGCAUGUUGGAGAAGUAUCGACAGGCCCAGGACAGCGCCAGGAAGGCUCGAAGCAAGAACUCCGGAGAACGCAACAGGACGCCGCGGGAUCUGAGCACAUGGGAGGAGUAGAGGCAGAAACACCAGCAGAUGAAACAGAAAGAAAUAAAAGUAAUGGAGAAGAGGGUUGAGGCAGAAGUGAGGGUCAAGACCAGCUGCGACUCCUUGGCUUUGACAUUUGGAAAGUUAGAGGAAGAAUGAAGACACGUUGUUGAGGGAUAACGCUCUAAUUUUCAGUAAAAAGACUGACGUGUUUGACAACACAAAAGGAGAAACCGAACAGGCUGUUAAAAUGAAAAAUGGAUGUUUAUAUGAAGAGGAGGUGGAUAAUCUUUUAGUUUUGUUGCUAUUCAGAAAGAUUGAACACUGCUUUACAUUACAUUCUUCACUGAAAGUUAAACGCCUGUGGAGUCACGCUACUACCAACACAUUUGUAUCCAGUUUCGCCGUUUGAAUGACUCUGAACUGUCUUUUAGUUCAUGUCGAUAUGUACAAAAUGUGCAGUAGGAGGUUUUUCUUAUAAACACACACAUAAAUACAGAAAUGGGGCAUUUACUCGCGGGGACCUGAUUACCAUAUUUCCAUUUAAAGGCUUUUCAGACCCAUGGUCCACCUACACAGGUGUUCUUUCAUUGUGGUGGAUUAGACCUCUUCUCAGAACCGUGUGGGCGUUUCUAAAUGUGAUUGAAAAGGUGCAUGUCAGUCCUGAAGCCAUGAGGGACAUGUAAUGAAAAAGAUAUGAGAAAAGAGGAUUUAAGAGGAUGUUUUAUUGAAGUGAGACAUCGCUUUCCUCCUUGAAAUCAUCUAAAGCGGUGCUGGUUUCUGAUCAAAAAUGCACAGCUGGAGCGCAGCUGCUCGUAUUUUAUUUAGUUUUAACAACUCUGAAGCCGGUUGAUGCCUCAGAGUUUGCACAUAACUGUACUGUCCGAUUUAUAAGAACACACAGCAGUAUCAUUAUGAUGAGUUUUUUAAAGCCUUACACAUGGCCAAAUACAAGGUGAAGUAGUUAUUUGCACGUUUCUGUGUAUAGAUCCAGUUUGUAAAGGUUUGUAAAAGUGAUUCUCUAAAUAUUCCUCUUCAUUUACUGAUAAUGUACUUCAUUAUGUAACAGUUCAUUAUAAUUAUAGAUAUCUCUUGUUGGUUUUUAGAGGUAAAAAAUUGUAAAUAUAGUUUGUAACCUGUGUUGUGGACUUAUAACAUGUGAUUUGUGGAUGUUAAAUUGAAAGAUAAGCAGUGGCUCCGCUCUUCCAUCAAACAGCAUGUAUGAGUAGAAAUGACAGAAAAAAAAACAAGUUAUAAAAUAGGUGAGAGUUUUAUGUUCCUUUUAUUAAUCAGAUCCAUAAUAACCACAGAUUUACUUCUUUAAAUGAUGAAUAACCACAAAUAUGGCAAAUUACCGUACUUUCCGGACUAUAAGCCACACUUGACUAAAAAACCGCACCCACCCCAUCUCCAAUGUCUCACCAUCGAUUCAUUGAUGUCAAGCUUACGUGCAGCAGCUCUAUUUCCUUCUUCAACAGCUGGAUUGAUCGUUAGCCCGGAAAACAUAAAUUAGCUGCAUCAUUUUUGAGCCGCAGGUUCACAGCGUGUGGAAAAAAGUAGCGGUUUAUAGACUGGAAAUUACGGUAAUUAAAAUCUAAGCAUGGAAGUAAUAUCAUAUGGAAUAUCUUUUUUUUUUUUUUUUUUUUUUUUUGGACAUUCAUUUGGCAUCAGCAUGUCCAAGUAUAACCCCGCCCACUUUCAUCCUGAGCAGAAGUCUAAUCAGCCUGGAAAGUGAAACCUAUCUGUGUGGGUGAGACCUUUUCACAGCAGACAUUUCCCCCUCUUUUCCAAUCUUCAAGUUGUGGCUCCUUGAAUCCUGUGCAUGCGUAUGUGGCUACAAUCAUCAUGUAGUGUUACCAUAGCAACACAGACAAAACUGGGCAGGCGGGCUUUAAGAGGCUACCGCUGUGUUUUGUUACCUGUCAGAUGAAUGUUCAUGUAAAAAA